AAUUAUGAACAGGCACUAUCCAAGUCGUACUAACAUAGCUAAACGGGUUUUAUUUACAGACAGCUCAAAUGUCUCGACUCGUGAAGAAAUCGCCAUCUGUUUGCACGGAUUUACCUUUGGACAACACAGAUAUCUACAACAAGCUUGGCUUUCUGAAGCAGCUUGUCAGGUCGUGUUACGGUCCCACUGGGAGAUUGAAACUAAUCCAUAACAGCGUGGGUGGCCCGAUGGUCACCACCUCAACCUCAUCACCUCUACUGACGGCGGUUACGUCCUCUCAGCCUUUCAUCAACCUCAUCAAAAGCUCCAUUCUCGGUCACGUUCGUCGUUUCAGUGACUGUGGGUUGUUUGCUGCCAUUUUAGUUUUGUCUCUUAUUGAACAAGCGAAGCUCCGUGGUCUCAGAGCAGAUACAGCUGUCAAAGUCUACAGCCAUCUACUGGGUUUGUGCACCGCUUAUCUUCACCAAGAAGACUGCAGCUGCAAGGUGAAGAUCGAUUUCUGCAGCAGCCAGACGCUGAUCGCAUUAAGUCGCAGUGUUAUCCUCAGCAAACCAGCCUGUGUGCUGUCUCAGAUCGAGGCAGUGCAUAUCGUCAAACUGGCUGUGCAGGCUUUCUUACUGACUGUGCCAUGUGACAGCCCAGGUACAGUCAGUCUUGGGUGCACAGUGACCAUCUCUGUUGAAGGCCAUUCCCUGCUGGAUUCUGCAGUGUUUUCCGGUUUGCUUUUGGACAUUUCUGAUGUAUUUUACCUUGGCGAGAUAGAUCAUCCUCAUCCGACUCCCCUGCGGGUUGCGGUGUUCAGUGUGUCCCUGGCUGGGGACCUUUCUGAGUUAGGAGAUGGGAUCAUUGAGGUGCACCCAGGUGUAGACAUAGAUUCACAGAUCCUGGAUCAGCUGUUGGAGCUUGGAAAACGUGUGGUUAAAGAUGAGGUGAAGCUCUAUUGUCAGAAGGUCAUCCAUCCGGUCCUGCAGCAAUACCUGAGGAGUCACGGGGUCAUAGUCAUAGAAAGAGUGGGGAUCACUCUCAUGGAGCCACUUGCUCAGCUGACGGGUGCUCAUCCCACGGCCACAGUACAUACCACAAUCCCACAUGAAGCUUAUGGGAAAGUGAGCGAUCUUAGAAUUCGGCAGUUUGGAUCCAAGACCAUGGUGCAUUUGUAUCCUGUUGGACAGUCAGUGAUCUGCACAAUGGUCCUCUGCCAUCGAAAUGAAACCAUGUUAAGUGAGUUGAAGGUGGCGUGUCAGAAGACGGAACACGUGCUGAGGCUCACCUUGAAGGAACCGUCUGCUCUGCUUGGGGGUGGGUGCACUGAGACGCACUUAGCUGCUUACAUCAGAAACAAGAGCAUGAGUAAAAUGACUGAGACGGCCUCACUGUUGGGAUGCUCACAGACCGACUACAUUCUUGGCGUGGAAGCGUUUUGCAGCUCUUUAACAUCUGUGGCCGAGGCUCUGGAACACGAUGGUGGAGAUUCUUUUAUCGAUCUGACUCACGCUCACCGCUGGACUCGGCCUGCUGAUGCGCCACAUGUACACUGGGAGGACAACUUGGGUACUUGCGCAUGUGGACUGGUGAAAAGCAGCCAGAGUCAGAAAUGGACCUUCCUGAACACUAAACAUCCCACGUUUUCUCCUGCACCUCUCACUCCAGAAGCCACUGUGCAGCCACAUGUACUGGACUCCUUCACAGCCAAGCUUAAUGCAUUACAGGUUGCCGUAGAAACAGCUAAUCUUGCUCUGGAUGUGCGAUAUAUAAUUCAGGAUACUAACUAGCAG